CUUGCAAUGAAACUACCAAAUGUAUAUCUUUUGUUUUACAUUACCAAUUGAGUGAACUUGUACUGGGAGUAGUUUGGUUUGUGUAUAUCUGGUCACGUAUUUGUCUGCUAAUUCACUUGGGCUCUGUAUCACAAAAUAUGUCAUCUAUAUGCGAUGCAUUGUUGAAGCCAGUGGCCCCAACAGAUAUCGAGCCUCGCUCUCGUAGCAAAGUAACUGUUAUAGGUGUUGGAAUGGUUGGAAUGGCGGCAGCAUUCUCAACUAUGCAAGUAGCAGGAGAACUCGUACUUAUUGAUGUCGUAGCAGAUAAAGUUAAAGGAGAAGUUCUUGACCUACAACAUGGUCAACAGUUUUUUGGCAGGUGCAAAAUUGAUGGAGGAACAGACUACAAAUACUCUGCAAACUCAGACAUUGUCGUCAUCACUGCUGGUGCCAGACAAAACGAAGGAGAAUCACGACUGAACCUUGUUCAGCGUAAUGUCGAUAUAUUCAAGAAAAUAAUACCAAAUAUUGUCAAAUACAGUCCGAAAUGCAUCAUAGUUGUUGUGUCGAACCCUGUGGACAUUUUGACAUAUGUUGCUCGAAAAUUGAGUGGAUUUGAACCCCAUAGAGUGAUUGGGACCGGAACAAUGCUUGACUCUGCGAGGUUCCGUUUUCUGUUAGGUGAGAAAUUGGGAGUGUCUGCCAAUUCUGUACAUGGAUAUGUAAUUGGUGAGCAUGGUGACUCGAGUGUUGCUGUUUGGAGUAAUGUGAAUGUUGCUGGAGUUCGGCUUUCCUCUCUAAAUCCGAAGAUAGGAUGCAAGGGUGAUCCUGAGAACUUCGAAGAAAUACAUAAACAAGUUGUCCAGAGUGCCUAUGACAUUAUUCGCUUGAAAGGUUAUACCUCAUGGGCAAUCGGGUUGACCUGUCGAUCACUUUGUAAUGCACUAUUAAAUAAUCUUCACACAGUUUAUCCACUCUCUGUUCCUGUCAAAGGAAUCCAUGGAAUCAACGAAGAUGUUUAUUUGAGUUUACCAUGUCUCGUUACUUCAGCUGGAAUCAGUCAUUUGAUCCCACUUGAACUUAAUGAUGAUGAAUUGUGUAAACUGAGAAAAAGUGCUGCCACUCUGAAUGAGGUUAUAACGGGAAUCAAAUGGUAAAGUCGUACGACUCAUGGUUGCCGCAUGUUUACGUACCAAAGAAAACUAGCUUUUCGACCUUUCAUGUAUGUUCUCUCUGUUUUUCAAUUAUCAUAUCACUAAAUUGGUUUUAAUCAAUGAUGAACCAAUGCAUUUACGGUGAAUCUACAUUAUAGGAAUAAUUAAUAUUCCGUGCUUUAUUUAUGUAAUUUGGUUAGCUUUCGGUGAUCUGAACAAAUUAUCUUCUUAACGGAUAACAUAAAUAACGAAGCCAAAAAUCACCUUGUUUGAAAUUCAUAUAGUGGCUUAGUUUCAUAUAACUCGUAAAAAAGCUUGAAUAAAUCUAAUUCCAAAUGGUUGUUAUUUGUAUGUGACAAAUUAGACCGAUGUAUACUUAUGAAAAGCCUGAUGUUGUUUGUGUUUGAAUGACUGUGAUAAUUUGAAGUAUUUGAAUUAUAGUAUG